AUGCUGUUUUCAAAACUAACAAGCAGCUUCGCUAGCCUACGAUUGGCAUAUCCCCAGAAGAAUCCUCUAUCGCUAUUAUCACAACGCGCAUUUUCCAUCAAUGCACCUCGUCUGGCCACUUUAAACCAGAUAAAAAGAGGCGUUGAGCCCCCAAGACGUAAAAAGAUCGGCGUUUCACCAGAUCUGGAAAAAUGUCCCAUCCGUAAAGGUGUGGUUUUAAGGGUAAUGGUCCUGAAACCAAAGAAACCUAAUUCAGCUCAAAGAAAGGCGUGCAGAGUAAGACUUACAAACGGAAACGUCAUCUCGGCGUAUAUUCCAGGUGAAGGUCACAAUGCCCAAGAGCAUAGUAUUGUUUAUGUUCGUGGUGGACGUUGCCAGGAUUUGCCUGGUGUCAAAUAUCAUCUAGUCCGCGGUGCAGGUGACUUGAGCGGUGUCGUGAACAGAAUUACCUCGAGAUCGAAGUACGGGGUGAAAAAGCCUCAAAAGGAAUAA